AUGACCACUGCAUUUCAGAAAGAGUAUGCCUUAUUGUGCUUCCAGUCUCCGCCUCGGACUGCCAAUUCCGGCUACGACGCUUGCUCGGGCAUCUGGUUAUCCCAGCAUGUUUUUCCAUCUUCAUCCCGCCCUUCAAGCUCCGCACUGAAACGGCAUGGCUUACUCUCUUUCUCCCUGUGGCAGGUCAUGAUUAUCUCCUUUAUGGGAAAGUCUGCACGGGCGAUCGAGGCAUACUUCGACGGCGAACGCCUCAUCCUGGGCUGCACCAAUCUCUAUAGUACCCGCCACCAGACCGCGACGGCGUUGAAGGAUCUUGGAGGGUUGCACCUCGGGACUCCCAUUGGGAAUACCGCCUAG